GGUGUCAACUCCCCUCCCUCUGUCGAGCUGUCACUUGACAGCAGCAGCAUACAUGAACCAGAGUGCCACGCACGGAUUGAGAUCCCCUACCGCUUUACGUUAAAGGCGUCGCCUUGGUUGCGUUUCCAACAGGACAGCGACAUUAAAGGACGACGGCUUUGCCAUCUCCACGGGCGGAGCACGAAAGCGCAGGACGAAGGUUUUCGCUGCUAAUUCUAAGGGCUAGCCAGCUAGCUUGCGGACUGAUACCAGGUGUUCGGCAGCCCUGUGCUGCAUUUAGCUGGCGAACGAAGGUCGGAUAAGCUAAUGUUAGCUGCCGGUCAAGACUAUCCCUCUUUGGUUGACCAUAAUAAACUUGCCAAUGGAGUAGUUUUCGCAAGACAACGCGAAAACCUCCUAUGCCAUUUUAUGCAGUGUUGUCAUCCCCCCUUACACUUUGAUCAAGACAACUCAUAUCAAUGCUAACUAGCCUGCUACGGCUAUGCUAAUGGAAUCCCAGUAAGGCUUUAAGUCGUCGCAGGGCUGCGGAGUUCUACGAGGGGGGAAGAGGCGUGCUCUAGAAUGCACACUGAGGGACUUGGUGGAGUGUCAGCCGAAGGAGAACCACAUUUUUAGCUUCAACAUCGCUUUUCCCUCCCGCCCUCCUUUAGUCCUUGGUGAGAUUGGGCCAUAUGGUUUUAGCCAGGCUGUGGAGGAUAUUUGAUGAAGACAAGGAUUAGGACAUUUUGACCGGAGAUCUGACUAAAUGAAUAGCACUGUUAUCCACUGAGUCGUGAGGUGGUGGCCUCUGUGCCAGUUAACAGGAUAGAUUCGGAAGCUUAACCCGCGGACUGCAAUACCAUAACCAGCUUGCAAAACGAUGGCUUCGGCGAGCAGUAUUGCUGCAGCCAUUGCGAGCAAAACCAAGACAAAAAAAAAGCACUUCGUUGCCCAAAAAGUGAAGCUCUUCCGUGCCAGCGAUCCUCAACUCAGUGUGGUGAUGUGGGGAGUCAACCAUUCGAUAAAUGAGUUGAGCCAUGUUCAGAUUCCCAUCAUGCUCAUGCCAGAUGACUUCAAGGCCUAUUCUAAGAUUAAAGUGGAUAACCAUCUAUUCAAUAAAGAAAAUAUGCCCAGUCAUUUCAAAUUCAAGGAGUACUGCCCCCUGGUGUUUAGAAACCUCAGGGAGAGAUUUGGCAUCGAUGACCAGGAUUUUUUGAAUUCCCUGACUCGUAGUGCUCCCUUGAACAGUGAGGCCCAGGGACGAAGUGGGGCUCGUUUCCAUACCUCGUAUGACAAACGCUACGUUAUCAAAACCAUCAGCAGUGAAGAUGUUGCAGAAAUGCACAACAUUCUAAAGAAGUACCAUCAGUUUAUCGUGGAGUGCCAUGGCAACACACUGUUGCCUCAGUUUUUGGGGAUGUACCGGCUCACCGUGGACGGGGAUGCAACUUACAUGAUUGUUACACGAAACGUCUUCUCGCACCGCCUUUCUGUGUUUAAAAAAUAUGAUCUCAAGGGUUCCACUGUGGCACGAGAUGCCAGUGACAAGGAGAAGCCGCCCCCACCAGAGGAUGUGCCCCUGCGGCCCAAAUCUGGUAACGUUCAGCAAAGGUUGCAAACACUGCGGAUCGCUACGCGCUUUUACUGCGCCAUGAAACACGUAAGAGAUGCUAAAGAGCUCCCUACCUACAAGGAUAAUGACUUCAUCAAUGAUGGUCAGAAGAUCUGCGUCAAUGAUGAGAAUAAGAAAAUGUUUUUGGAGAAGCUUCGGAAAGAUGUUGAGUUCCUGGCACAGCUGAAACUCAUGGAUUACAGUCUGCUGGUGGGGAUCCACGAUGUGGAACGAGCAGAGCAGGAAGAGGUGGAGAGCGAGGACAAUGAGGUUGAGGAUGAGGGCGGUGAGAGUGACGGGGGGGCCAUCGGUACCCCUCCUGACAGUCCGAGCAACACCUUGGACAGCACUAAGCCCCUCUCCCCAGGAGAGUUUGAUCCCAAUAUUGACGUGUACGCCAUCAAAAGCAGUGAAAGUGCUCCCAGGAAAGAGGUUUACUUCAUGGCCAUCAUUGACAUCCUGCAACAUUAUGAUGCCAAGAAGAAGGCUGCCCAUGCCGCAAAAACAGUCAAACAUGGCGCAGGAGCCGAAAUUUCGACAGUGAAUCCUGAGCAGUACUCCAAGAGGUUUUAUGACUUCAUCGCAACUAUUCUGUCAUAGCCCCUACAAGCACCGGGAAGUGGAGGUGCUAAAGCUCACGGGAAGAGGAUUUGUGCAGUGGGUUGUUGGGUGGAUACGAACCAUAAUGGAGAGAGUGACGGUGCUGUGAUGUCUUUGGAUGGCUCGCCCUUACCCAUCUCCUAACCUCUCCCUGUUUUGCCUUCCUCUUACAUUGGGGUGCUACACCCUGCAGCAGCUAAAACAUUGUUCGUUUAAAUUCACCCUCUCCUUGAGUUUUACUUUUGUUUUCUUGUUUGCCUUUUGACUACACUUGUCAAAAGCAAGCGUUUCCCCUCCUCCCAAAUGUGUAUUUAGUCCUCUGCCUUGUCAUUUUGGUAGAAAUGUGGCUUUUGUAUUGCUCCUUGCACCUCGUACAGUUCAUUUCAGUGCUUGUGUUAGACUCACCCUUAUAUCAGCUGGGGUUGGGGGCCAUAGGGGGUGUCACUUAUGGUGAGAUUGGGCAGUCUAAUGCAGCACAGAACUCAGGUGAGAGCUACAAGCAAGGUAAUAUGAAGCAUGAAGUGUUAUGCUGUGCUUUAGAGAGUAGGGAACAAGUCUUCCAGUAGGUAUUCAGUGAAAACAGCCACCAGCCCCCACAUUCCUGCUGAGUCCUACAUUCUUUUGGUCAAUGGAUGCCCUUUUACUUCAUGCUCUUGUCAUACAUUGAUAUAGCACUUCUCCCCAUGCCACGCCCUCUUUUGUCAUUUUUGUUGUCCAGGACUGAAUAAAUUUUGACCUAGGGAACUAUCUUUAACGUUAUGGGGACAGGGAAUGAUACAGGUGUCGUGUGCGUCUAUCCACAUCGUAAAAGUAACUUUUGCUGUAGCAGACUCUUCAGAGUCAGCAGCAUCCACGAACAGGCUUUUGCCAUCAGCACCUUACGUUUAAGAAAAUUAAAAUAAAAUUUAAAAAAAAAGAGAGAAUGAGAGAGAGAGAGAGAGAGAGAGAGAGUGAGAGAGAGAAUUACUGCACUUUCUGGUCAUUACAGUCCGUAACAAACAUUUGAUGUUUUAUUACAUUUGUUUAAAUUAAGAAUAAUCCUUUAAAUGUGUGGAAAACCUGCAGGGACUUGCCUCCAAUUGGAGAUCAACCACAAAAGUAUUAAACUGAAACAAAGGAUGGAGAAAAUAACUUUUCCUGCUGUGAUCGUAGAUUUAUAUACAGUAUACCACAAUGCUGCCUAGCAUCUAUUGGAAUAAAAAAUCAAGCUUGCUCUGGUUGCAUCCUCAAGGUAAAUGCAACUUUUUCCAUGAAGGCUUCUUUGAUCAUUGGUUGUAGCAUUGCUUCCAAAUGGUCUUUUUUUAAUGCAACAAAAACAUUCAAUUGACGGAAUUAGAGGUUGGUUUGUAAAGAUGACAAACAACCAGUUGUCUUUAUGGGUCGCACACGCACACACUUUCACUUUUUCAGUGCUCUCUAGUCAUUUGUGCAGCACUGUCACAUUUCUCCUUUUUUCCUUUGUUUUUACUCACCAUUUUCAGGCAGACUUUCAGAUUUCUCGACAAAACAGAAUCAUGAUCUGAAAAUAGAUUGUUCCCCUUACUCUUGCUUUGACAUGAGCUGCAGCCAGAGAAAAAGUGUUACUGCAAUAUCUGACGCAUUUUGUUUACAAAAUAUCUUAAAAAGGAACCUUGCCCAGUCAGUAGUUGCAAGAUGAACAUUUACUGUACUUCCUGCAUCCAAUGGUGGCCAAUACUGGAUGCCCACUUGUGUCUAAGUACGCUGAAGAGUGUAGCAGCCCCAUAUUUGUGGUACAAUAACCCCGUUUCUUCAACAUCGUUGUGGCAAAAUGAUGUCGGAGCCAGUCCCAUUUGUGUUGGAGAGUUUUUGUAUAUUUUGGACACAGGGAAAGGAACCAAAUGUUACGAACAUCAACCCCAAUUAUUUGAUGCGAUCUUAAGAAGGGAAAUGCAAUAUACAUGUGUUAUGUGUUUGUGUUUAAUUGAGACAAGUGGUUUUGCGCGUGACGUGUAGUACUUCUGUAUAACUAAAGCAAGUAAAAUCCUCUUCGAUCCAUUUUAACCUGUGUGGGAAAAGGUUUCCAUCACAAUAAGUUUGUGUAGAUAUCAGAUUAUAUUAACAUUUAUAUUUUUACAUUCAAUUUUAGUCAUGAAACAUAGUUGUAUUUAAAAAAAAAAAAAAAAAAGUCAUCCACAGGGACGAAUGAUGGUGCUGUGGUAAAUGAAUAAUUAUGCUUGAAUUUGUAAAAUACUCUGUGCUAAAAAGGAAUUUAAAAAUUGCAUGUCACAGGACUAAAUUUCCUUUUCUCUAGUUAGUGUUGUCUGGUUAGGUUUCUUUUUGUGUCCCAACACUUUUGAUGUGUGAGCUGUUCUCUGUCAUUAUGUCAUGUAGUACCUCACCAUGCUUUAACUGUUUUCAUUAUUACACUGUGCAAGAUGUGUGCCUUUAUACUCUGAAAAUUAUUUAAUUUUAUAUUUUGUAAUCUUUUUUUUUUUUUUUUUUUUAAAUAAAUGUCAAAUGUCAUUUUCAUAGUAGGGUGUUUGCCAUUGAUGACUGCCCUGUAUCCACAACCUUCCCAAUGCGCUCAUUGUGUAGUCUUCUUGUUCAUGUUUUGAAUUGUAAAACCAUUUCGAUGAUGAUGAUGAUGUUCAAGAAACAAAAACAAACUGUUGACAUUUGCAACGGUGGUUAAGUCCUCCUGGUCCUUGUGAUUGUCUCCCUCCUCUGGUGGCUGUGCCCUUUGACCUGUGUGCAUGGGCGAGGAUGUGCUUCUUACAGGCAGUUUUGCCCUUCUCAGGAGGCUUGUCAGCCAUUUACAUCACAUUGUUGUGUGGGCUUUUUGUUUCUCACACUGACUUCUGUUUUCUAUUUUUUUCCCCCCCAAAGCGUUUCAUGCAGGAAAAUGUGUAUUUAGUUUGAAGUUUUAAAUGCCCUCCUAUAAGCUUGUUAUGCAUAAAUUUGUUGUCAAAUGAGGUUUCCUCAAAAUGAAUGGAGAAUGGGAGGAAAAUCACCUUUAAGUCUGCUCUUGGCACUGGAGGCUGCCUUUUAAACCGGUGAAGAUAACGGUGCAUGCUGGGAGACGAUUAAGUUUUUGUAGUUUAUUAUUAACUAUAUUAACGUCCGUGUCAUGCUUCAGCAGUCUGUUGCUGCAACUUCAAAUGCAAUUUUUUUUCCUAUUCCUGUGGAUGCUCUUCUACAC